UGACCCAUCUUAUCAAAAUGAGUGAAGUUGUUGCCAAUGUUGCGCGAAAAGCUUUUGCUUCAGCUGCCAAUUAUGAAAAAGUACGAUCGGAUUAUCCUGUAGAGGCAGUGGAAUUCUUGCUACAGAAACUUGGUGUUACAGACAAUGAGGCGUCAAACACAACAGGCAAUCGGCCAUUCACGAUCUUGGAACUCGGUUGUGGAACAGGAAAAUUUACUCGAGUCAUGGUAAAAUUGUUGACGGGGAAGAAAGUCAAAGUGAUUGCGAGUGAACCUUUGCAGAGCAUGUGUCAACAAUUUAAACUGAUGGUACCUGAAACGGAAAUUAUCCAAUGCGCUGCCGAGAAAAUACCUCUUCCUGAUGCAAGUGUGGAUGUUGUAAUUGCUGUUCAAAGUUUUCACUGGUUCACAAACCGUUCAGCUUUGGAAGAGAUCCACCGAGUGCUUGUCCCAAAUGGUUCCUUUGGAUUGAUGUGGAGUCUUUUAGACGUAUCUAUACCAUGGGAAAAAGACCUUUUUGACUUUUUGAGGAUUUUAGAUGAGGGAAAUUCUCUAGUUUUCCCUCACUUUGAAAAUUGGAAAGAAGUCUUCAGUCUCCUCUCACAGCAUCUGUUUAGCACCCCAGAAGAGUGUAUCAGCUUUGAAAAUUGCUUACAGGCAAGUUCUUUUGAUCAAGCCUAUAAGCAUUUUGCUUCUUAUUCAAUAAUAGCUGGUGGCAGUGAAAGUGAUAAGAAGGCUUUCCAAGAAUUGUUUAAUGAGUUAAUGGAGAAGCACUUUAAAGAAAAAGGGAUUUCUUUUGAGGGUAUUAGAUUUAAAUUGUACAUGUACUGGUGUCACAAGGAAAUUUAAAAUUUGGCAGACUAUUUUUUGUUUUGAAAAAUUUAUAUGCUUGGCAGGUUAUAACUGGAAGUGGGUUUAAUGAAUGCAUUAUCUGCAAAAUUUUAAAAGAAUUAUUAUAAAUUAGUGAAUACAUUAUUGAGCUGGCUUGUUUGGUCCCAUUGGUCUUGUUUUUCUUUUGUGCAAAUUUAUGGAGGUCACUUGAAGCUCACUCCAUAUUUUCCCCAUGCCCCCCUCCCACCCCACCCCAUUCCCCCCAUGUGGACCUCGCACUAGUUCAGUAACAUAUAAAUGUCUAGUAUGUGGAGAAAGGAACAAUUCUAAACUGUCAAUUUGGGACGGUAAAUAGAGAGUGAACUGUUACAUUUCAGUUCGUUGUUAGGGGAAAGUAUGGAAGGGAAUUUGAUAUUCAUCUUCUUUGCCGAAGAUCUAUAGAGAGAUAAUCGACCCGAUUAUAGAUCCUCCACUUUUUCAGGAGGACCUCCCCAACCCUAUCUAUUCUGUGUUAUUAAAAACUGGAUCAUUGGAAAAUGCAUUUCAAGAGUUCUCAUUGGCUUAGCCAUCAUGGGUUAUGAGCCAUUAUACCAUGCUCUACAAAUAUGGUAAGAGUACACGUGAGUUUUUGGGGCCUUUUAACUUU